CUUUGCUCAGCGAGGCUUAUUGGUUAUCCAACAGAAUACAGAUCUGCGGUGCAAACAUCUGUGCACAAAGCAAGAAGAGAUGUGCUACGUCAACAACUAACUGAAGAUGAGCUGAAAGCCAAGUGCUACUGGGCAGCAAAGGAGCAGGCAGAGAAGACGCGUACAUCAGCACUGAAGGAGAAGAAAUGGCAAACAAGGCUGACAGACGAAGAAAGGGCCACUAUUGAGAAGGGGAUUGAGGAAAUCGCUGCGAAAUUCAGGAAUGGUGAAACUGAACCUGAUGUCAAAGAACUGUUUAAUAAAAUCCAUUUGACAGAGAAGGAAAUAUCCUCGAUUAUCACGGCAGCAAAGAAGCGAAAUGUGUUUAACUUCAGUUCUAGCCGGAAAUCCUCAGGCAAAAGAGGCCCCGUGAAAAAGAUCAAGAGAAAUAUUCAUCUUCAACCGGAUUCUGUUUAUGAGAGAUCAGAGUUCGAACCGCAUGAGACCGAGCUCUUGAAUAAUAGAUGCGUGGGAGUGGCAGCCAGACUGAAACAAUGUGAGCAAUUUCCAGCGGAUCUGACAAUUCCUCCUUUGUUCUCCACUGCUUCAGCUUAUCGUGUGUUCGAGAGUUCUCGUAUUUCUUUGAGCAAGCGGGCAUCAGUGUAUUUCAACCCUAGCGAUAUGAAUUCAUCGGAAUUUAUGGUACUCUUUCCUGAAGGCGAUAUUGUGCGGAGGUUUGCAGUUCAUGAUCGCCUCAACAUUCAGCUUCAUUCAGAUAUAUUGACAGAUAUCAAUUACCUCAAACUGAAGACGCAAGUACGCGCCGUACUUUUGGAACCUACUCGUUUAGCUAUGGCUAUAGAAUCACCGGUGGAGGAGGAAAGGAGAAAUCAGACGCAGAUGGAGCUUAUGCAGGCAAUUAUGGCCGAACAAGAAGCAGCUCAAAAAGAACCUAUGCUAGAUCUCAUCUCUCAUGAGGUGGUCGUUGAAAACACUCAGGAAAAUGAACCGAUUUUCUAUGAAGAUGCUGUAGAUGAUGCUCUUAACGCGACGAUACACACGGUGAUGGACAAAAUCCGUAGUGACGAACCAGAGAAGAAAAAACGUGGCAGAAGAACGAAUAGAGAUCGAUGGCUUGCUGAGUACCAGGCCUUGGAGCGAGACUUUGAUGAGCGAGAGCAGGCCCAGGCUAGAAGAAGGCACUUACCAGCACGUAAGGCAAGGAAUCUCGAUGCUCUUUCUGGAGAUCGGCCCGCAACACUUUCUUCUGGUGAGGACGACGAACCAGAUAUAGACGUGGUGGGCCCAUCGUCUACCAGCGCUUGCAUCGGUGAUGUAGUCAGCCCUGCUGUCAGCGAAACGGGGCUGGGUGAAGUUGAUGAGUGCAUGAGUACGACUGCUGAAGUGGACAGCAUGGAGUUUGAGACAGUAGCAGAGGUGCUGGGCGUUGGACCCCCAAAAAGGAAGCGAGGGAGACCGAAGAAAUCUGUUGUGGCUGAAUUUGCCUCUAGUGAGGAGAACCAGAAUUGUGAGUUUGAAUACGUUUCUGAAGAAGAAUAA